AUGAGCAAUAGUAAUUUACAAGAUGGUCCUGACAGACUUUUAUUUGAAUAUUUCAUUGUGGCAGGAUUAAAUGACAAAGAAAAUUGUGAUGAAUUUCCGGCUCAUUCUUCUGAUGGAAAAUUAAAUAAUGGAGAAGCAAAGGCCCCAAUAACGGAUAUUUGUGUUGUUAUUUCAAGUGCAGGAGAGACGACGCCUGUUGACUUUGAAAGAAUAGAAACAACACCUUCUGGCUAUUUGGCUAAUUUAAAUCACGGGUCUAUACGUUCUACAGCUUGUUUUGUUUGUUUUAAACGCGGAUAUCAUAAACCGCCUCUUAUUGACCUUGGAAUUCUGGAUGAAAGUAGAGGAGAAAAACCUUGCAGUGAUGCAACUGUAAUUGAAAAAACUCCUUAUGGUCUUUCGGCAAAUAUUAGCAAUAGCAAUUCUCAAAGCCUUUAUUUCACAUUUAGACGUGCUAAACCAGAUGCUCCUCCACAUCAACUUGUCAUUACAGAUAUUUGUGUUAUUUUAGAAAACAAAAAUGAGCAGCCUCCCCAUACUUAUUACAAAAUCCCAAAAAAUCUGAAUAGAAGUAUGCUUGGUUCGGAAGUCUAUAUUUGUUUUAAAAAAUCCCAGAUGAUGUGCAAACGUUUAGCUUAUAGAGCUAGUGUUUUGGAUUGUUUUCCACCUCUCAAAAGUGAUGAAGACUCAAUUCUUGUUCAAAAUGUUCCAAAAUUUUUCCUUCCGAUGGGGGCUUCAAUUGCAUAUAAUAAAUAUUAUGGCGCCUCUGUAACAUUUUUUGAACCAUACACAAAUACUUUGACUGACGAACAAUUAGAAAAAUUUGAUUUAGGAGAUGGCUUUAGAAAAUGUCCAAAAUCUUUAGAAUCUUCUACUCCGUCAAUUUCAAACUCUGUGGAUAAAAAAGAAGUUGAGGAAGAGGGUGUUGCUACAAAUCAAGAAAAUUACCUCUUUUAUUGUAAUAAAGCAAUUUGUAUUGUUUCUCGUUAUCCAUUCUUCGAGCCAUUCCGACGCUUCCUCUUCUUUCUUUUAAAUUCUGUAACUGUUGGAAAAUCAAAAAUUCCUAUUGAACGAUAUAUUUCGCAUUUGAUGUAUGAAGUUCCAUUCCCUUCGCCAUCUCGUCCACGAAUUUUAAUGGAACUUGGAAACGACAUGAUCGAUUUAAAGAGCAGUGACGACAGCCAAAUCCCUCUCACUGGUGCUGAUUUUUUCGAAACUCUAAAGUGCCUUGGAACAGAAAAUUUGCUUUAUGCUAUGCUUCUAACACUUUUAGAACAAAAAAUUUUGGUUCAUUCUUUACGUCCGUGGCUUUUGGCAUCUGUGACGGAAACAUUUUGUGCAAUGAUUUUUCCUUUUUCUUGGCAUUUACCUUAUAUUCCCCAAUGUCCUUUAGAAGUUGCUGAUAUUUUUCAUGCUCCACUUUCUUUUAUGGCAGGAGUUGAUUCGAGAUAUUUUGACUUAAAAGAAGACCCUCCUUCUGACGUUACUUGUUUUGAUUUGGACACUGCCACAGUAAGCAAAUCAAGUGUUAGAAAGUUUUAUAAAUUGGAUAUGUUACCUAAAAAGCCUUUAAAAAGACUUCGUAAUGUUUUGGAUGAAAUUUCUAUCAAAACUACUAUAGAAAAUGCCUCCUCUAGAACUGAAAAGGACAACGAAAAGUUGUAUUUGCAAAAAAUUCAGUCAGAAACAGCAAUUCGUGAAGCAUUUUUAAAAUUUGUGUGUUCUUUGAUGGAUGGCUAUUUGGAUUAUCUUCGCCCUCUUCUAAGCUCUCCAAAAAGUGAAGAAGAAUUAGACAUAAAUCGCUUAUUUGAUUGGAAUCUUUUUCUUCAUUCUCGUGACAAACACUCUUCCUUAUUUUAUCAAAAAUUUCGUGAGACAACUUGCUUUAUUCGGUUUAUUGAAGAGCGUUCUGGUGCUUUGUCUGAAAGAGGUGAAGUUGGUAGUGGUUCUGUUGAUAGAAGCAUUUAUUAUAUAUUUUUUGAUGAUUGUAUUUCAAAAAUUAAUACAGAAUUGCAAAAUGCUGUGAGCAGUAAAGACAGAGCAGCAGCUAAGGAGCGUGUAAACAAUUUGCGUUUACUCGAUGCUGAUUCAAUCCGUGCUAAUCGGACUGUGGUUAUCCAGGCACCGCAAAUGCUCAAUCCAGAAUUCAAAGAUACAACUUUUACUUUCACUUCUUUUCCUCAUCGUUUUUGCGAGAAGCUUUUUGAACGUGACUUUAUACGAAAUGCAGCUGCUUCUCGUCCACCUCAACAUUAUCUUCACUCUAGUACAAAAUUAGGCAAUAAAAAUAUUGUUUUGAGAACUCGUCAAGAAAUUCGAAAAUCGAUGUCAGAUACGUCAAUCCUUUAUCAUCAAAAUAUAAUGUAUUGGCCUCGUUCUGUCCUUUUCUUUGCUUAUUCAAUUUGGUUUAUGCAACUACCAUCGAUGUUGGCUUUGGCUAGGAGUAAAAAGAAAAUGUUGAUUCUUGGAUUAAGAGUUAUUUUUCGAAUGGAACAGUUAAUGUUGCCUAUUCAUGAUCAAAUAUGUUAUCGAGUUCUAAUGCAACUUUGUGGUGAUUAUGAUCAUCCUGAAUUGGCCGUAUAUAUUUUGCGAAAAAUGCUUCGAAUAGGGAUUGUCCCAAAUGCUGUAACAUAUAAAGUUUACCAUCAAGCGUUGAUAAAAGGUAAUUGGCCUUCUGACAACAGAAUUCGUGCAAUUAAUGCUUGGAGAAAACUUCGUUUAUGUUUAGAAGUUUGUAUUAGAUUUAAACAAUUUCUUCCACAGUUUGAUACAUCUUCCGAAUUCGUGGAACAGGAGGCAUCACCAAAAAAUACUUCUGAUGAACUGGUGAAUAAUGCAGAAGAUCAAGAAAGUAUUGUUAAAGAAACUGGUGUUAUUAACGAUGAGAUUGAAGUAAAUGAAGAUAAAAACCCCUCAAUUAUUCAAAAUCAUCAAGAAAACAAUUCUAACAACGUCGAUGGCUACUUUGACCCUUUAGGCGCAGAAGUUCUUAAUAAAAAACGCACAGAAACAAAUACAGUCUCUAAUCAAAUCAAAAACACGCCUUUAAUGGAAAAAGCUCAAUCUCGUCUAAAGAAAUCACCAAACGGCAAAAAUGCGAUUAUUAAAGUUAAAAAUACUUCUUUUAUUAGCCCAAGUCGAGAAAAAUUUAUGAAAGAACAUUCUGCUUCCCCUUUUGCUUUAGAAGACGAAGGACAGUCAUUUGCAGACAAAAUGUCUCUAAAUAGCGAGAAAAAGAAGAGAAGAUCAUUACGGCUAGGAGGAUCUUGGUUUAAAAAUUUUGCUUCAAAUUCACCUAUUCUCAAUACUUUAAUGAAUAGAAGCCACACAACUGAAAAUCUUGAAAAAAUGAGCAAAGAUGGCGGUAGUAGUAUGAAUUCGGAUACUGCAUCUGCUUCGACUUCUGCUUUAAGUGUAACUCCAAAUUUGUUUACUUUGGCAAAUAAAAUGAGAAAGAAAGCAUUGAGAACCUAUAAUGAAGUUUUGGGACCAGCUACCGAAUUACUCGAACGUUCAGGAAUUAAUCCUGCUAGAAUACUCAAUGAGGCAAAGUUAAAUCUCAGUAAAUCUUAUCAGAAUCCUGAUCAAUCGCUUCUUUCUACAAUUUCCUCGUCUAAUAAUAAUUUAAUGGAAGCAGGAGGGGACUUUUUCUUUCGUUGUACAAGAAAUGCUAAGGAUCUUAUCUCAAUUAGUUAUUGGAUGCAAGAGGUUAUUCCUGAUGAUAAUACAGAACUCAAAAAUGUAUGGUUAAGAAAAAAGGAAGAUGAUGAUUCUUUUUUACCUGAAGACUUUCUUGAUGUUUUUAUUUGUUCCUCCUCAAUUUGUUCAAAUUGUGAACAAGCCGUUUAUGAUGAUGAACUUACUCUUGGUUGGUGUGUUGAUGAUGCUAAUUUAAACAGUGUUUGCCCUAAUUGCCAGCACAAUUUCUUACCUUCACUUAAAAUCUGUAUAAGAGUAAGGGAACUACAACAAAUACCUAUUGACCAACAACAAAGUCCCAACUCGACAGGAACUUCAUCUUUUUCUGUUACUAAUACUUCUGGAAAGAUAGUCCAAGCCUUUACUGUUCCUUAUGUCAAUCCAUUGGUAUUACGACGUGAAUUAGAAACACUUUUGAUAGAAGAUGGACUUUCAAUUCUUGGAAGGCCGUCAAUGCGCAUUUCCCAUCCAAUUAUCUUUUGGAAUAUGUUCUAUUAUUGUCGCCGUCUUGAACUUCCAACACAUUUACUUACUUGGGUAUCUCCAGCUGUUGUCAUUCAUUGUGUGCAGAACAUGUUGAGACUACCUUCACAAGAAGAGGAGGAUACAGUGCAGAAAAAUUAA